UAGUCGUAGUCUCAGCUGCCAUACGAGCAGACUUAUGUCAGAGAGGCUCAAUCAUUCAUCACCAUGGUACUGAACCCUGUCAUUUCAAAGCUUGCGGGUAAAUUGGUUGUACUGGCAAGUGCUUCUCCCAGAAGACAAGAUAUUCUUCGAAAUGCAGGCUUAAGAUUUGAAGUGGUGCCAUCCUGGUUCAAAGAAACUCUUGACAAGGGACUUUUCAAGGCACCGCAUGAAUAUGCAGUUGAGACUGCCAAGCAGAAGGCACUGGAGGUGGCCAGGAGGAUGCCUUUUAAACACCGGAAAACUCCAGACAUGGUCAUUGGAGCAGAUACUAUUGUGACUAUAGAUGGCCUUAUACUGGAGAAGCCAACAGAUAAGGAUGAUGCAUACAGAAUGCUGUCACGGUUGAGUGGUAAAGAACAUAGUGUUUUUACUGGGGUCGCCAUUGUCCUUUGCCAUGAAAAAGAAGAUGAUGGGAUAGACUACCAAUUAAUAGAUUUCUAUGAAGAAACAAAGGUUAAAUUUGCUAAUCUGUCGGAAGAUUUGCUCUGGGAAUACAUUAACAGCGGUGAACCCAUGGACAAGGCUGGGGGCUAUGGUAUUCAAGCUCUUGGUGGCAUGCUGGUGGAGUAUGUUCAUGGAGACUUCCUAAAUGUUGUUGGGUUUCCUCUCAACCACUUCUGCAAGCAGUUGGGCCUUAUUUACAAUGGCCUUCCUUCCUCUGAUCGAAAUAGUGCCAAUCUAGGUUCUUACAACCAAGACACCAACACAGUUAUACCUCAAGAUUUAUCUAGUAGCCCAUCUGCCAGCCCUUUUGCAAGCAAGGUUAAAAGAAAUGGUGGUCAGAUGGAUGUAAGUGAAAGUUCGAAUCAAGUAACUAACAGCCUAUCCAAACAUAGUGGUGACAGCCAGGAGCGCCUGUCAUUACAAAACAUCGCCAGCAGAGGGCGAAGUGUAUCUGUUGGAGAAAACACUGUACCUAAUAAGGGAGAUUUGCAGAGGAUUAUUACACUAAUGGAUGGAUUCAAGGCCUCAAAGGCAUUAUUUACAGCUUCAAAAAUGGGGGUGUUUGACCUGCUGCAAAAGAGUCCCGGUCUAGAUGCUGUGCAGGUAGCAGCUGAAAUCAAAGCUUCACUCAAAGGAACACGGAGUUUGCUGGAGGCCUGUGUGUCUCUGGGACUGUUAACCAGUGAGAAAUCUCAUCAGAAACCAUUGUACAAGAACAGCACUCUGGCAGCGCAGUUUCUAGGCUCAGAUUCUCCUUUCUCUUUGCACAGUUAUAUUUUGCACACAGAUAAUAUGGUGUGGCCUCUUUUCUCUCAUCUUGAAAAUGCUGUACGUGAGGGAACAAAUCAGCAUGAACAGGCAUUUAGCAAAGAAGCACAAGAUCUGUUUCAGGAUACUUACUACGACAGCCAAGCUUUAAAACUGAGGUUUAUGAAUGCCAUGCACAGCAUUGCUAAAGUUACGGGGAAAGCUGUAGCCACAGCGUUUGAUCUGUCCACAUAUAAAUUGGCCUGUGACCUCGGAGGUUGCACUGGAGCUAUUGCUCAUGAAUUAACAAAAGCAAAUCCUCAGAUGUCUGUCAUAGUGUUUGACUUACCUGCAGUUGUUGAAAUUAGAGAAAGAUUUCAGCCUCAGCACAUGGACACAGACAACAGGGUGUCUUUCAUAGCAGGAGACUUCUUUAAAGAUGACUUGCCAGAAGCAGACCUAUAUAUCCUGGCAAGAAUCCUUCAUGACUGGUCUGAUGAGAAAGUGCAUUUCCUGCUGAAGAAAAUUGCAGAGAGGUGUACGCCAGGCUGUGCGUUGCUCAUAGCUGAGACCAUGUUGGAUGGGCCCACCCCUCAUUCUGCACUCCAGUCUCUCAACAUGCUGGUCCAGACAGAGGGGACAGAGCGGACACAGAGACAGUUCACAAAACUAUUGAAGAAACAUGGAUUUAGACAUACACGAGUGGUUCACACUAUGAAUUUUCUCGAUGCCCUUUUAACUAUUAAAAAAUAAAAAUGAAAUAUUUGUGCUCCAUUGAAAAAGCUUUUGAUUGUGCUACAUGGUGUUACUGUAGUUCUUUUCCUGUUAUUUUACCUGAAACAAAUAAGGUAAUAGACCAAACUAAUGUAGUAGUAGCAGCCAGUUGCACAUUACAAUUAUUAACAGAAGCCCACUCUUUUCUUGACACAAAAGGCAACAACUCUUUUAUUUCAUCAAUUUUAUUUUGAUGUAGCCUUAAUGUUUUAAAUCUCAUAGUACAUUCCUGCCUUUCUCUAUAAAAUAUGCUCUAAUGAAUGUAAUAUCUUUCCACAGUUUUGUAUUUCAUGAGCCCUCAGUUCCAGCAGCCAAGUAUCUGUCUAAAAUGUGCCAAUGUCUCCAGUCAGAACAACAGAUCCUAUUGUCUGUGACGCUCAAAGUGUAUCUAGAUUACUCCUUGUUUUGGACCGCUCUCCCAGUAUUUUCCUUGAAGGGUAAUGGGGGUGGUCAUGUUAUUUAUGAUGAUUUUCUUGUCAGUCCAGAUCCAAGCUCUUGGUGAUAUCUGAUACAUUACUCACUUUAUGCUUGUUUGAUCAAUAAAGACAGAAUGGGGUAUAGCAAAGGUCAA